UUGAACCAACUGUGAGCUUAACAAAGGGACCAAAUCCGUUAAUAGAUGGUGCCAAUCAGACAGUUGCAGCCAUUUGUACUGCAGCUACUGGAAAACCAGCUGCAGAGGUUGUCUGGGAAGGUGGUCUUGGUGAAAUGGAAUCCACUUCAACUUCAUAUCCAAAUGAAACAGUCACAGUGGAGAGCCAGUAUAAGCUUAUUCCUACCCGCUUUGCUAGAGGAAGACGUAUAGCUUGUAUCGUGAGACACCCAGCCUUAGAAAAGGAGAUAAGAAUGCUUUAUGUGCUUGAUAUUCAAUAUUCUCCUGAGGUUACAGUAACUGGAUAUGAUGGAAACUGGUAUAUUGGAAGAGAGAAUAUUUUGCUCAGGUGUAAUGCUGAUGCAAAUCCACUACCAAUGGAGUUUACAUGGAGUCG